AUUUUUCCAAAUCUAUACUUUGCAUUCAUAUUUACAACUAGUUCAGACUAUGAGUUACUUAAAUAUGGAACUAUAUCAAAUGAUGGUCAAAAGUUAAUCUGCUCUGUAUACUGAUGCGCUGUCAUGAAUCAUGAUCAUUGAUUAUGUUGAGCUAGCUUUUCUUAAUUCACAGUAAAUGCAACCUAUGUAAAUGGUCAUUAUAUCACUUCUUGGCUUAUAUGUUUGCUAUAAUGUAAUGCGUUGGAUGGCAAGUGGUGUUCUUGUCUUUGACUAGGAUGAUUGUAUGUGUUAAAAUCGGCUACACUUUUCAGGUUCCUGGCACUGCAGAUAAAUCAAAGCAAUCAAAGAUUGCUCUGAGAACCAAUGAGAUGACUUUGGCACCCAAGGCUAUUCAUGCACAACCCAAUUCUUCUCAUUCUGUUAAUCAAUCUCGUGCUGGACAAACCAGGUCUGAUUCUGCAAGCAACUCUCAUGUUGGAAAGUUUCUGGUUCUUAAACCCGGCCGUGAAAGUAUCGUCGUUGGACAAAAGGAUGUAAAUAGUGCACCUGGUAAUGGCAAUGGAAAAGUAGCUAAAGAUGGCCAGCUUGCUAUGGGUUCAAGUACUGCGACUGCAUCAAAUAGUGCAAGCAAUGUGAGGGUUUCUGUUCUUGAAAACAAGUCUGCUGCCCUAUCUCUAGGAUCAAGAUCCCCCGUGGAAAAGAAAUCGCCCCAAUCUCUGGCACAAAGUAGAAGUGAAUUCUUUAAUCUGAUGAGGAGGAAAACCUCAGUCCGUGCUCCUGCCAUUCACUCAGAUUCAAGUUCGGAUAUUCUCUCUCCCACUGCAGAGACAACUGUAGAAAAUUGUAAAGAAGGCCAUGCUUCUGACACUCCUUGUGUUUUGGAGAAUGGAAACCAGAUGGUGUGUAAUGGUGAUAGAUAUGACAUUACUGAGAAGACAGGAUGUCUUCCGGAUGUCGGAGACAGUAGCUUGUCUAGUCAUGGAUCAAUUUACCCUGAUGCAGAAGAGGCUGCUUUCCUUCGAUCACUUGGCUGGGAGGAAAAUGGUGAAGAUGAAGGAUUAACUGAGGAAGAGAUUAAUGCUUUUUAUCAGGAGUACAUGAAGCAGAGGCCAUCCAUGGCAGCGUGUCAAAGCUCUCAGCCCAAGCAGCCUACACCGUCAAACUUCCCAAUGCUAUUUCAGAUGUUGCAAUAUCUGACUCCAGCUCCUCUGAGUCAGAGCCCGAAGCUUGAUUGUCAGGACCAUGCUGAAAGUUAUGUGGAGAACUCAAUUUUGUUUGCUUUUUGUUCUAGAGGAGACCUAAGGUUUUUGGUUGAUAAGGAUUUUUGGCUGUGGCAGAAUGAGGGGCCGUAUAAUAAAAUAGCUGGCACCUGAUAUUGGCAGAAACGGCAUCUUGUUGACCGGUCUACGCCUGAAAGACAGGAUAGGGGAUGCACUCUUGCAUUUUGCAUUGACAGUAGUUGGUAGGACUUCUUUAUGGUAUUUUCUUUCUAGAGGUUGGGAAAAGAAGUUGCCAUGUUUUGAUUAAUUUUACGCCAAUAGAAAGGAAAUGAAAAGUGGGUUACAUAUUUAUUC